GCUGUUGACUGUAUUCCCGGAUGUCAAAUACACUCAUAAAACACAUCUGUGAAUCCACUUUUCAGCAUCUGAGGCAAGGAAGCAAGAGGAAUCCAGAGCUCACAGAGAGUCCCUUAGCAGAGCUGAAGUGUCAAAAAUUGGAAAUCUGCAAAAGAUUGGCCAUGGCGGUGAAAUCCAAGGCAGUGGUGUCAUUCCGAGCGAGAACAGGAAGGUGCUGAAUGUUAGUCGAGGGCCUCAAGCGAGUGGCUCAGUGUGUCGGGUUACUGUAACAACAAACAGACGACGAUAGCUGCCACAAGGCUAUCGGGUCACCAGCUUAUAAAUACUUGUGCCCAACCUCAGCUCACUGCAGACAGCAUGACCUCCGCAGAACCGAGCACUUAGUUGCUGCGUCUGUCUGGAUCCAAGGGCCUCCGGGCAGCAUUAAACCCUUCCUCGCCAAGCACCCAGUGGGUGGGGAGUGGGGGAAGCGGGGUUAGUGCUCAGCAGCAGAGAAGUGUCGGUGAUAGGGGAAGGGUUUUCGAGUUUUCUGCCCCACCCCCACCCCAGCCCCCACAACCUCCUCACCCCAACGCCACCACGCUCAGAAUGCCACAGCCAGAACCUGCCCUGUCGGACAAGGACAUGGAGGCUGUGCACCCGCAGGGGGAGGAAGGGAAGAGGAAGGUUUACUGCGAGGAGCAUGGCGAGACGCUCAAGAUGUACUGCACAGUGGACCAGACACCCAUGUGCCUGCUUUGCAUCGACACGGAGACCCACAGGGAUCACAACUUUAAUCCCAUCAGUGAGGCCGUUCGAAUCUACAAGAAUGAACUGAGAUCCUCCCUAAACGCACUGAAGGAGAGAAAGGCAAUGUUCACUGGGAUUAUGUACAAACAAGAACACAGGAUCUCAGCUCUCAAGGGGACGAUCGAGGGUCUGACACGCCAUGUCUCGGAGGAGUUUGCGAGAAUGCGCCGGUUCCUGGACGAGAGGGAGAAAGGCCUGAAGAAGGAGCUGGCCGAGUACACAAGUGGUUUGCUGCAGCCCUUGGAAGAAAACUUGCGAGGUAUCCAGCGGGCGCUGAUCUCCAUCCAGAAGGAUAUCAUAUACUGCCAGGCCACUGCUAAUCAACGCGACAGCCUGCAGUUCCUACAGGAAAUCAAUUGGCUGAGAGAGAGGCCCCACGAGGAAUUUCAACACCCCUCCGUGGUCUCUGCAAAGCUGAGCCUGGGGCUAUUUAAAGGGCCCCUCCAGUACCGAGUGUGGAAGGAGAUGAGGAACAGCAUCAGUCCAGUCCCAGCACCGCUGACCCUUGACCCAGACACCGCCAACCCCUGGCUUGUCCUGCUGCAGGACAUGACCAGCGCCGGGGUCAACGAGACAUGGCAGGAGGUCACCGAUGAUCCGCGGAGGUUCGACUCCUCACCCUGCGUCCUGGCCUCUGGGGGAUUCAGGGCGGGGAGGCACUACUGGGAGGUGGAAGUGCGGGGUAAGACGGAGUGGGUGGUGGGGGUGGCGAGGGAGUCGGCCGAGCGGAAGGGGGACAUCACCCUGUCCCCGCAGGAUGGCUACUGGGCUGUGUGGCUGAGGAACGGCAGCAACUACCGGGCCCUGACCUCGCCCCCCACCCGGCUGGCCCCGACCUCCGACCCCGGCAAGGUCGGAGUUUACCUGGACUACGAGGGAGGGCAGGUGUCUUUCUACGACGCCGACCGGAUGUCCCACCUCUACACGUUCUCUGCCAUGUUCACCGAGAAACUUUAUCCAUUCUUCAGCCCGGGACUGAGGGAUGGACGGAGGAAUUCGGCCCCAGUCACAGUCUAUCAGCUCAAGCUAUAGGCCAGGGCUGGCCUGGGCGCGUGUUUGGUCAUGAUGGGUUGCUGAGGUGUCUACCAUGGGAAGGAAAGGGAUUUGUGUUUACACAUCUUCUAACACCUCCAGACAUCCCAAAGUGCCAAUGUAAUGUGAAGCGAGAGGGACUGCCCUUGACCUCAUGGCCACAUUUGACCGAGUGUGGCACCAAGGAGCCCUAGCAAAACUGGAGUCAAUGGGAAUGAGGGGGAAAACUCUCCAUUGCACAAAGGAAGAUGGUUGUGGUUGUUGGAGGUCAAUCAUCUC